CACGCUGUCAGAUUGACAUUGACAAUUCAUCGGCUGUUCCUGAUAUGAUGAUUGGAUUGAGUUGAGAGACAAAGAAAGACAAAAAUUUUGUUAAAAACCUGUAUCUAGUAAACAGUGUUGGACCACAUUAAUUCUGAGCACAAUGUCAGAACGAGAACCAAUUAAUGGUUCAGGGCGAGACUAUGGAGCCACAGCCUCUGUGCCGGCUGUGGGCUUUGCAGAUUUCAGUCCAACGGAACUCUACAAUUUGAGUGAGGGCAUCGCAGAGAAUGUCAAUACGAUUAACAGUGGACUACUGUCGCUUGAGAAGAUGAUGAAGCAAAUCGGUGGCCCAAAUGAUAGCGUCCAACUUAGAGAUAAAAUUCACGAUACUCAACAGACGGUAAACAGUUCAGUAUCGGCCACGGCGCGAGACAUACAGCGACUGGGCGUUGUCGUUCGUCGUGGUGACAAACCGCAGAAGUUACAGGUCGAAAGAUUGACGCAGGCCUUCACGGAUUGUCUCGCUAAAUAUUCGUCGGUUCAAAAGAAAGUAUCAGAGAAGAUGGCGGCUCACAUGCCCAAACCGGCACGCGUGAGAAACGAUCCACAGCUGUUGGAGCAGCAAGCGAUGGCUGACGACGAGGAAUCGGCUGCUUUAGCUCAGCAACAAGCUCAGGCCCGUCUCGUUGAGUUUGAAACGAGCAUGCUGCUUGAGCGAGAAGCCUACAUGAACAAAAUAGAAGCUGACGUUUUGGACGUUAACCAAAUAAUGUCUGAUCUGGCGAAGAUGGUGAAUCAGCAAGCCCAGACCGUCGACACGGUGGAGACCCACAUAGAGGCGGUGGGAGCGAACGUCGAGGCCGGGGUCGAUGAACUCGCUAAAGCAGCCGAACACCAACGCAGGUACCGGAGGAAAAUGUUCAUAUUAAUUAUCAUAGGCGCGAUUCUUGCUAUUGUCUUCAUUGUGUGGGUAGUCAAAGCCUUCAAGUAGAUCUUAUAUAAUAUAUUCGUAUUGAACUGUAAUGACAUGUUGAAAUUAUCAGCUGUUUUCUAUAUCCUAGCUAUCUAUGUUUUUAGUUUUUUUUUUUUUUUUGUUUUGUUAAGAGUAUUGUACAGUGGCUAAUGUCGGAUCUCCCGGCAUUGUCAGUGUCAUUAGAUUAUUUUCCUUGUACAGCUACACUCUCAUACACUUAUUGAGGCAAGAAUUGAUAGGGUAUCUAAACAAAUUUUGUAACACAAUAGAAUGUAUGGGAUAUACAAAAUGGCUUCGAAUCUGUCUUAGUUAAAACAAUAUUAGCUAUUAUAUGUCAUGAUUGUUGUAAUAAAAAAUUUAUGACAGCCGCUACGAGUUUUAACUAAAAUAGGUUUUAAUGUAAUGAACAAUCUUUAGAUACCAUCGUGAUAAAUAUUUAUAAUUAUUAUUAUAACUGACAAGCUGCUUUAAACUUGAAAUAUACAAAAAUCAAACGCCUUUGUCUACCCAAAAACGAUAGUUAUAACGUUUUUUUUUUGUUUCGACAUUAUGUAUUUUGAAACUGGUAGCACUUGUAUAAUAUUGCCACUAUUAAAUUUAAUGGUUAAAUCAAUAUUAGCAUAGUUAACUUAUGAUAAAUUAUAAAGUAUAUUUUAUCUUUCAUUUAUAUCUUAUCUGAUCUAUAUAUAUUAUCUGAAUAUUAAAUUUUUAUUAAUCUGUUUUUAUAUUUGACGAAAACAAGUCGUUUUCAAUUCAAUCUCUAAAUGAUUCUGUCAAUUUUAACAUCUGACUAAAACUUUUCUGACAAGAGUAUUUUUAAGGUUUCAAAGUUGAUUUUGCAUGGUUUAUUAAUGAAAAUAAAGCUUUUAAAAUAAUAUUAAAUAUUAAAAUAAUAUGGUUUGAAAUGAUUUCAUAAUUGUGAUAGAUAUGUGCUCAUAAAAUACUACAUAAAUUGUAGAUUUACAAGUUCAUUUAAACAUGUAUUGUACUAAAACAACAUUAUUUAUACAAAUCGAUGAAAAUGCACCAUUUUUAUUGUAUAAGACACAUUCCAGGUUGAAUAAAUUAAACAAUAUCUAUAGAAAAAAAUGUUAAAUUCGGUCUGUAAGUUUUUUAACAAUAUAAUACAAAUCUGCUAAUUAAAAAUAUCAUUACAUAAUAGCUAUAUGUUUAAUUGUAGUAUACAGUGCGAUAAGGAUCUUAAUAAUAAAGCUUUUAAAUUGCCUAUCGCAAAAAGAUACCUGUGUGCCUUUCAUAUGAAAUAUAAUUGAUUAAACAUAGUAAAUAGUAUAGUUAAUAGUAAAUAUAGUACAGCUUCUUCGGUAAAUAUUAGUUUUUAUGUACUUGUAACACUGAUGACUUAAUAAUACCGUUCAAUAACUGUCACGCUGACAUAGAUCCUUGUCGCACGAAACGUCAAGUUAAUAAGAGACAUGUCACACUUCAACGAUAGUACCUAAGUUAAUUAUCUACAUAAUAAUAAUUAACCGAGUAUGUAUAGUGAUUAUUUUUUGUUGAAUUUGUAUUUUAAAAAAAUAUAUUAAAGACAUGUUCGCAUGUUAUAAA